AUGUCUGACAAGGCCCAUUUCGCUUUGACUGAGUGGAAACCGGUAAACGACCGUAUGGCCUAUGCCCGUUUUAAGGGUAAGUUCUGCAAUAUCUCGGUCAUCAGUGUCUAUGCUCCAACGUUGUCGGCAGAUGACCGUGAUAAAGACAAGUUCUAUGCGGAACUUCAACUGCUAACAAAGUCUCUACCGAAAGAUGACAUAAUCAUAAUCGGGGGAGACUGGAAUGCUCGCGUAGGUCAUAAUGCAGCUGCGAUGACCUCAACAAUUGGCAAAUAUGGCAUCGGAGAUCGGUGUGCCAAUGGGGAACGUCUUCGUUAUGCCGAAGAGCAUGAACUUUUUGUUACUAAUAUUUGCUUCCGGCAUCAUAAAAAACAUCUAGUCACGUGGAACUCCCCGGACAACCAACACUUCAACCAGAUUGAUUAUAUCUUAGUCAAUCGCCGUUGGAAGAGUUCCGUACUAGAUAGUCGUUCCUAUCGCGGAACGGGCAAUCUUCAUGGAUCUGACCAUGUUAUGGUUCGAGCCAAGAUCCGCAUAAAAUUGACAAUUCGCCGAAAACAGCAUCCCCCAAGUUCUUUCAACUAUCUCAAACUAAAAAAUUCGGGGACAGUGAGCGCAUUUCAAAGUGAAUUAUUGAAGCAUCUCAAUGAUACAAAUAUCAAUGAUUUCUCUGGAACGGCAAAUGAAUACUGGUGCAAACUAAAGGAAUGUCUCCGAAAAUCAGCCACUUCCAGGCUAGGGCAUACUAUUACAUUCACGUAUCGUUUUUUUAGUGGCUCAACAGAGGUAUCACCUAUAGCAUUUCCAAAAUAUUGGUCUAAUUAUAAAGAUGCUUAUAAUUUUCAUUGA